AUGUUUAACUAUGAAUAUUUAAAACGAAAGCCUGGAUUCGCAACAAAAGCUAUACACGCUGGUCAAAAUCCUGAAUUAUGGUCUAACUGGGAAGUUAUUCCACCAAUAUCAACGUCAACGACUUACAAACAAAAAAAUCCAGCAGAACCGAUAGAAUUUGAAUAUUCAAGAAGUGGUAAUCCCACGAGAAAAGUUCUAGAAUCUUGUCUUGCUGCUCUCGACGAUGCUAAAUAUGGAUUGUGCUUUUCAUCAGGGUUAGGUACAACCACCGUUCUUCUUUUUCUUUUAAAGGCCGGUGAUAAUAUUAUUUGUUGUGAUGAUGUUUACGGUGGAACCAACAGACAUUUUUCAAAAUGUGCUUCUAAGAUGAAUAUCACAACUACAUUUGUAGAUUUAAAUGAUAUUCAAAAACUAAAAAAUUCUAUUCUUCCUCAGACAAAAAUGAUUUGGAUAGAAAGUCCUACAAAUCCUCUUUUAAAAGUAAUCGAUAUUCAAAAUGUUGUUAAUGCUGUAAGUAAACAUAAAAAUUUAAUAGUAGUUGUUGACAAUACCUUUUUAACUCCUUAUUUUCAAAAACCAUUGGAACUAGGAGCUGAUAUUACUGUCUAUUCAUUAACUAAAUACAUGAAUGGCCACUCAGAUGUUGUCAUGGGUGCUAUUUGCACAAAUAAUGAAGACUUAUACAAACAAAUAUUAUUUUAUCAAAAUGCUUUAGGAGUAGUUCCAUCACCAUUUGAUUGUUAUCAAGUUAAUAGAAGUUUAAAAACUUUAGCCAUUAGAAUGAAACAACACAUGGAAAAUGGAUUGGCUGUGGGUAAUUAUUUAGAGUCACAUCCUCGUGUUAAACGAGUUCUUCAUCCAGGGUUGCCUGAUCAUCCUCACCAUUUAAUUCUUAAAAAACAAUGUUAUGGUUAUUGUGGAAUGCUCUCUUUUUAUCUUAAUGGAGACAUAAAUAAUUCUAAAAAAUUUUUAUCAGCACUUAAAGUGUUUGUUUUGGCUGAAAGUCUUGGAGGAUUUGAAAGUUUAGCAGAAUUGCCAUCAGUUAUGACUCAUGCUUCAGUUCCAGAAAGUCAAAGAAUUCAACUUGGAAUUACAGAUUCCCUUAUAAGAUUAUCAGUAGGACUUGAAGAUUCAGAAGAUCUUAUAAAAGAUUUGGAGCAAGCAUUGGAAAAAGCAUUUUCAUGA